CGCAGGGUGACGCGGAUAGCCCAUCAUGGCGCCGCAGCAGCCGUGAAGCACAAGAGCUUUGCUGCAGCACGACGGCUUUGUCCUCUCUCCUUUAAAGCGGACUGCUCUCCUCAAUUGUCAGGCAGUAGCAUCCAUUUGAUUGUUCUAUCCUCUUCUCUGUUCUCACCCCCUUGCAAGCAACAAUCGUUCACCGAUCGAUCCAGUGCGUCCUGCAUGGAAACUGCCGCCGUCGCCGCCUCCAGUGCCGGGCGCCGCAUCAUGGUGGCCGUGGACGAGGGCGAGGAGAGCCUGCACGCGCUCAACUGGUGCCUCGCCAACGUCGUCUCCCCGGCAGGAGGCGACACGCUGGUGCUCGUCCACGCCCGCCGCCCGCGCCCGGUCUACGCCGCCAUGGACAGCGCAGGGUACAUGAUGACCUCGGACGUGCUGGCGAGCGUUGAGAGGCACGCCAACGCGGUCUCGGCGGCGGCGGUCGACAAGGCCAAGCGCGUCUGCGCCGACCACCCGCACGUCAAGGUGGAGACGACGGUGGAGAGCGGGGACCCGCGGGACGUCAUCUGCGACGCAGCCAACAAGAUGGCCGCGGACCUGCUCGUCAUGGGCAGCCAUGGUUACGGCUUCAUCCAGAGGGCGUUCUUGGGCAGCGUCAGCAACCACUGCGCGCAGAACUGCAAAUGCCCGGUCCUCAUUGUCAAGAGGCCCAAGGAGUAGAAGGUUCCUCGCAUGUAACGCUGCAGCUUAGCCAAUAAUGUUUCAUGGCGACCAUAUAGGCAUAUAUGUACACACUUCACAUCCCAUUGCAUGGCAGUGUCUUCCCUAGUUCAACAACUAGCUUUCUGCUGGAAUAAGGUGUUCAGAGUUCAGACAGAGUAUGUACUGUACAUACUAUCUUCUUGCAUUUGGUACUCUUGUUUAGUGAAAAGCGUUCCGU